UGAUUCCGACUUUGACGUCUAUUCAAACUGGCGUUUUGAAGGAAAAAUUUCAAAAUAUUUAGAAUUUUAAAGGUUUUUACUAGUAAAAAAGGGUUUAACACUGUAAAUGUCCUAAAUAAACUGUCAAUUAACCGAUAUGUAGGUAUUUUCAGACAGAAUUUCAUAAAGAAGUUAGUACACUGCAGUACACCUGAAAAAUUACAUUUUUAACUAUAUAUCACAAAGGUUUAAAAAAUGGUGAGGGUCAUAUCAGUUCACCAUUUUGCUGGACAAAACAUUCAAACCGUUGAACAGCCUACAGCUUGCACUGUAGCACCUCCAAAUAGAUUAUUACUAGCCUUAACAAGUAACUGCAUCGAAGUAAGAGACCUACUGAAAGAUUCUGAAGUCCAGUUCAGUUUCCCGACAGUUGAUGAGGCCAUACAACUAAUACAUUGUCUAAAUGGGGACUAUGUGGCAUCUUUGGAAACGAAAUUCAAUCGCCAAAAUCGCGAGACUAAUUUUGUAAGGGUGUAUAUCAAUUGGGACAGUGUAGCUACCUUGCAGCAAUCGAAAAUGAACUCUAACAAUGUUAGUUUGGGUUCUUCAGAGUGUGGAAUGGUACAGCCAAUGAGGGCUAGGAUUGCAGGUAGGGUAACCCCUACUACAAAUCAGUCUGAAGUGGGUAGCCUGGAAAUGAUAGAAAUACCAGUAAAGCGCAAUCCCAAUUGUAUUGCAUGUUGUCAGGUAUCAGGAAACUUAGCAAUUCUCUCGAAUCGUAUGAUAAACAUAUACAAAUUCCAAGUAAAAACUCACGAUAUUUCCAAAAUGAAAUUUGUCGAUUUUGAAGAAAUGUCUGUGAUGAUAGAAUUAAGUUUUUCUCCCUUUGAUAUACAAAUUUGUGAAAACUAUAUUGCGGCAGUAGGCCAUGACACCCUACACGUAUUCAGGAUUUUAAAUUCUGACAAUAGCACUGAAAACAGCGCUGUAUUGAAUAGGCGAAACACCGAAAAUGAUUUUACAUUUUUAUACUCUAAGGAAGAAGUUAUCGAUUUUAAGCAGUUAAAAUCAGAGGAAAAGAAUAAGAAACACAAAAUUACUGUUAAUCUUCCUAGCAUUCUUAAAGAAAACAGUCUGGUACAUAAACAUAGUCCUUUUACCUUUACUGAUAAAGAUUUAAAUGCCAUUCUAAGACCCAGUUCGUUAUUGGAGAAUAAAAUUAAUCAAAACUACGAACUACAGGAUCUGAUUCAGCUGAAAUUAGUACCGAUUUUAAUAGAAAACAACCAAAGACAAGUAACCGAGGAGUUUAAAAGUAUGGUUUUAAAACCGCUGUACAUUGACCAACAAUUAAACAACAAUAAUCCGGAGAAUAAUAAUAUAAACACAGAAUUACAAAGCUCUUAUAAAAAAUGUUUUAAUGGCAUUUCUUUUAUGAUAGCUACGCAGCAAGAAGGAUAUUUGUAUUUCUUUGGAGACUCAGAUAAUUCCCUCGACAAAGACUACUGUAUUGCAGUGUACCCAUUCACUGCACCAGUGUUUAAAAUCAUCAUGGAAGACUAUUUUCUACACGCCUUAACCGAAACGGGCCUCGAAUCAUAUACGCUUAGAAUAGGUCAUCAGCUUUGUAGAAAUUUCGAUAAUAUUGACAGUAAGCAAAUGGCUUUUCCAUCAAUUGAUGAUUCUAUUUGUUUAGUAGGCCUAAGACCGUUUUUAGGUGUAGAAAAAUUAUUGCUGGCCGAAAACUACUUGAUAUUGCUGGCCAAUGCUGAUAAUUCGCCAGCACAUUCUGUCAGCUCCAGUGGCAGCUCUACAGCUUCGUUUCUAACGCUCUACAGUCUCGAAUUGCCCUGUCCCAAAGUUAUUUUUAACGACAUAUCCAUCGUGGCUAACGUACAUCGAUUUACCUCUGCACAAACGUACUGUCAUCUAGUAAGCGAGGCACACAUGAUCCUAAGAAUGGCCCUGAUGCUGAAAAAAUGGUCGAUCACAGACGAUUCAACUGUAAAAUUAAUUUUCGAGAAAAGAAAUAUAACUGAGGAUGUAGUAGAAACGUACAAGGUGUCAUGCGCCUUAUUGGGCGAUCAUUAUAUCAUGUGUCCAAACGAGGACAACUACAUUUUGGCGGUACCUUACUAUAAAAUGGCCGGCUUGAAUCCUUUAAACGUCUUGAAAAGAGUGAAAACCCUUCAGGAACAGUGUAGCAAACAGACAACCAAAGGCUUGAUGUACUACCUGAAAUACACUUUAUUGGAAAUAAAAACCAUCUACGAUGCGGAUAGAUAUUUCGGUACAAAUUCUAGAAAUAGUUUUUCGGAAGCCAUGUUGGAUCUUCUAGAAAGUCAAGGAUAUAGUGAUUUGCCUAAUUUGAUCCUUAAAAGUAGAGUUUUGAGAGAGUACUCCACCGAUAAACUUAUAACGAUAUUAACUGAACGAUGUUUAGAGCCUACAAGUUUGUCAGAAAAAUAUCUGGCCUUGUGUAUCCUGUACAUACAGAAAUGCAAUAGUCAAAAAGCGGAAGAUAAUGUUCAGAAAAUAACCAAAGAAAAUUUGAGUAAUUUGUUAAUGGAUAAUUGGGAACUGUUAUUCGAGACAACGUACGUGGCCCAGAAUAACAGUAAUAACAGGGUUCAGAAGGGUGCGAUUAGUUUUUCUGAGUUGGCUGUACUAUUGAUCACGGUUUGUCCCGAAAUUCUGUCGGAUUUAUUCGUUACUCUGAUUAUGGAUAAGAAAGUUAUCAAUUUGAGCAAGACGAUUAAGGUGUUUCUCGAGUACUUACCUUCGAGUAUCGGUAACGAUAGUACUUUUGCCAGUACGGUACUACAGAAAACUUUGGAGUCGUUUUUUAUUCGAUAUUUUUCAAAGCCGGAAAACCUGGAUGUGUCUAAAAUUAUGUACGAAAAAGGGGCCACAGAUGCCAUGAAACUACUAGUCAGAUCGUAUUUAUCCCAGCUACAGAUACUACAGUUGAAGAUGGAGCACGAAAAAAUAUGCGAAACCGUGCAAAACGAAUCGAAAGAUAUCGAGUCAAACUAUGAUACUACUUCAAAUUUGGACGAGAUUGAAAAGGAUAAAGAUCAGGAAAAAUUGCAGUACAAUCGAAUUUAUAAAACGUACUUUAACGAAAAAUCUAGUAGGCCCAAAGGAGAUUAUCUAUUCUCCGAAUUGCGAUACGAAUAUUUAGAAAAAAUGCCUCCGUUUCAGAUCGAUAUAACAACAAAACUUUACGAAGUUUGCGUGGAUGGGUUUCAACCUAGAACGACAUCUAGCGGAAGCGCCGAAGCCGACAUAAUUUUGAAGAAAAUUCAGGCCUUGUUAUGCAGCAAAAUUGUACCAAAACAAGUGAUUAUCGAGGUAAAUGGUUUUUUGGCUUUGAACGAAAACCUGAGAGGGAGUGACAGUUUGAAGUCGAUAACUAUGGGAAUUAAUGAUGCGGUUUUACUAUUAAUCGACGUAUGUCCUCAGUGUUUACUACAAUUUGCUAAGGACAGAUUUACGCGCGGUGAAGAAUGGAAAUUCUUGAUCGCAACCCUGCAAUGGAAAAUUCUGAAAUUAUCCCAGAAAGAAGACUUGAAAAGGAUCUGCUUCUUUCACAGAAAAGUUUUACGAGAUAUUCUGACACACGCCGCAUCAUCGUUUACACUAGAUCAGCUUCAGUUGAUGUUUCCUCAGAGGUUCAGCAAAUCGCAGUCCACUGAGUUUGACAGUUAUUACUGUCAAAAAACGACCACCAAAGACAUUAUAUACGAGUGCGGCAAAAAGUGCGAGAUUGAUGGCGUUUUAAUACAGGAAGACGUCGAAGUAACCAACGAAGAUUGCGCGAUUUUGAACGAGAUACAGAACUACGACCCGUACAUAAGUAUGUGCAAAAAUAAUCAAAAAGCUAACGAAGUGAAUAAGAUGUUGACCAGUAAGGCGCAGCAACUGUUGAAUACGUUAAAUUUGUAAGUUUUAAUGUAAAAGAAUUUAAUUACAUUAAAGUAAAAAAUCAUAUGUACAA